AUGAGCCGCCUGAACGACUCCGCGCCUCAAACUUUAUUCAUUCAAUUCUCAACCAGCAAGAUGUCGGGACGCGGUAAAGGAGGGAAAGGUCUCGGUAAGGGCGGAGCCAAGCGGCACAGGAAGGUGCUCCGUGAUAACAUCCAGGGCAUCACUAAGCCUGCAAUCCGCCGUCUAGCUCGCAGGGGAGGUGUGAAGCGUAUCUCCGGCCUCAUCUAUGAAGAGACUCGUGGUGUCCUGAAGGUUUUCCUGGAGAACGUCAUCCGUGACGCCGUCACCUACACCGAGCACGCCAAGAGGAAGACCGUCACCGCUAUGGACGUGGUGUACGCCCUCAAGCGCCAGGGCCGCACUCUUUACGGCUUCGGAGGUUAA